GUGAAGACUCGAGAGAACAAUUCUAAAUCAUUUUUAACGCCUGUUGUAACAUAACAUCCAUGGCGGGACGACGAGGACUUUCAGCGAUCAACCUGACGUUCCUUGGUACUGCUUCUGCGCAACCCUCCUUGACCCGAAAUCACUCUGCACUUGCCCUUCGAUUGAAUAGCGAUGUCUGGCUGUUCGACUGUGGUGAAGCCACACAACAUCAGAUCCAAAAGUCCACAGUGAGGAUGGGUAAGAUUGAAAAGAUCUUUAUCACCCAUACCCAUGGGGAUCAUAUCUUUGGUCUAUUGCCCCUGCUAGCGAGUAUGAUGAACGGUGCUGGGGGGACAGCCAAUGGUAUAGAGGAUCCUCGUGCACACGGGGUCCAGGACUCGUCGGAUCCCAUUGAAAUUUACGGGCCCUUAGGAACCAGGGCAUAUAUCCGCAAUGGCCUCAAGUAUACACAUACACUCCUUGGCGCGCCCUACGUCGUCCACGAAUUGCGUUUACCUUCUGACCCACCAGACGGAGACUAUACCUCACUUGCCCUUCAUGCGUCCGAAUCUCCCAACGGCCGCAACAUUCUACAGACAAAUGGUGUUUGGUCAGACGUGUAUCAUGAUGCCAUUGUUUCAGUUUCCGCGGCUCCCAUCCUUCACUCCGUACCGUGCGUUGGUUAUGUUGUAACAGAGGCACCUGUGCCCGGCAAAAUGGACCCUGCAAAGUAUAAACCACAUCUCAAGCGCACCAACACGCCGAUGUCCGUCAUGAGUCGCCUUCAACAGGGAGAGAGCAUUGAACUAUCAGAUGGCAUCAUCUUACAAGGCCCUCCUAGGAGGCCUGGGCGCAAACUUGUCAUUCUUGGAGACACAUAUGACCCAUCACCAAUAGCGGAAUUGGCUUUAUCUGCGGACUUGCUGAUACAUGAAGCUACGAAUGCCCAUUUGCCAGUCUUGGAUUCGAAUACCAAAGCUGAAGAUACAUUUGAAAGUGUCGAGGAACGCACAAAGUCCAGAGGGCACUCUACUCCCCAGAUGGCUGGUGCUUUCGCAGCACAGAUCGGAGCGAGGCAAUUGGUGCUCAAUCAUUUCUCGGCCAGAUAUCCAGGGAACGACCAUGUCGAUCCAACGGCGAAGACGAUCAUGGAGGCGAUUGCACGUCUGGCUGGAGAGCAUUAUAGCGGGACGAUUACAUGUGCGAGGGAUUUUAUGAGUUUUGACGUUAAAGAACAUGUAUGAAAAUGAGUAG